GGCGAGGCCAACGCCGUGUUCGAUAUCCUGGCCGUGCUGCAGUCUGAGAACCCGGAGGAUGUCCAGGCAGCGGUGCGCGCGUGCAGCCGCCUAUUCGGGGCCUUGCUGGAGCGGGGAGAGCUGUUUGUGGGCCGGCUGCCCCCCGAGGACGUGGUCAUGGCAGGGUCCCAGGGGGCCACGCGGAAGUACAAGGUGUGGAUGAGACACCGCUACCAGAGCUGCUGUAACCGCCUGCAGGAGCUUCUGGGCCACCCCUCCUUUGAGGUCAAGGAGCUGGCUCUCAGCACGCUCAUGAAGUUCGUGCAGCUGGAAGGGAUGCAUCCCCUGGAAAAACCCAAGUGGGAGGGACACUACCUGUUCCCCCGCCAGCUUUUCAAGUCGGUGGUAGGAGGCCUACUGUCCCCGGAGGAGGACCGUGCGCUGCUGGGCUCUCGGUUCCAGGACUACCUGCAGCACGAUGACAUCCGCUACCACGCGAUGCUGGCGGCCACGGACGUCGUGGGCCGAGAGGCUGACCGGCUCCCUGAGGUGCCCCUCGCUUUCUGGAACAACGCGUUCGCGCUGCUGUCUGCGGUGAGCCUCCCCCGCGAGGAGACGGCCCCCUCCAGGUUCUACGUGAAGCACGCCGAGCUGUCGCGUAAGUGGAAGGUCACUCAUCUGAAGGAGCACAGGAAGGCCUUCCAGCUGAUGUGGCUCAGCUUCCUCCAGCACAAGCUGCCCCUCAGCCUCUACAAGAAGGUGCUGGUGAUCAUGCACGACUCCAUCCUGCCCCACCUGGCACAGCCCAGCCUCAUGAUCGACUUCCUGACCCGAGCCUACGACGUGGGCGGCGCCAUCAGCCUCUUGGCCUUGAAUGGACUUUUUAUCCUGAUUCACAAGCACAACCUGGAGUACCCCGAUUUCUACCGGAAGCUCUACGCUCUGCUGGACCCAUCUGUCUUCCAUGUCAAGUACCGGGCUCGGUUUUUCCAUCUCGCCGACCUCUUCCUGUCGUCCUCCCAUCUGCCUGCCUACCUGGUGGCUGCUUUCGCCAAGCGCUUGUCCCGCCUGGCGCUGACGGCGCCCCCGGAGGCCCUGCUCAUGGUGCUGCCUUUCAUCUGCAACCUGCUGCGCAGACACCCGGCCUGCGGGGUCCUGGUGCACCGCCCUCGGGGCCCUGAGCUGAAUGCCGACCCGUACGACCCCGAGGAGGAGGACCCGGCCCAGAGCCGUGCCCUGGAGAGCUCGCUGUGGGAGCUGCAGACCCUCCAGCGGCAUUACCACCCCGAGGUGUCGCAGGCCGCCAGCGUCAUCAACCAGGUGCUGUCGGUGCCUGAGGUCAGCAUCGCACCGCUGCUGGAGCUCACGGCAUUCGAGGUGUUCGAGCGGGACCUGAAGAAGACGAGCCAGGAAUCUGUGCCCCUGGAGUUCCUCCCUGCGCAGGGGCUGCUGGGCCGGCCCGAUGACCUCUGUGCCCAGCACUUCACGCUCAGCUGACCUGAGCGCCCCCUCCCCUCCAGGCCUGCGGGCUGGUGGUGACAGUGCCAGCAGUGCACAGAGGCCACCUCAUGUCCCCUGCAGCCGCCCACGCCUGCUGUGCACCUGCCCUCCACCGGGAGGCUCUUGCUUUGCUGAAGCCUGGUGGGGGCGGGGGCUUCCAUCCAGCACUGCAAGACCCCUCGGGCCCCGACUCCUCCAGGCGCCUUGCAUCCAAGGAGGGUCUGGGUCCCCCUUCCCGCUGCGCCUGGACUGUGACCUGGGAGCAACCCCGAGGGCUCCAUGUCCUGGCCAGGCGUGGGGAGCACGGAGAGCGCAGCCACCCACUCCCCGGCAGGCUGAGGAGGUCUCCGUACCCCGGUCGCUGUGGCCCCAGGUCCAUGGUGGGCGCGCUGCCCCACGAGAGGCGGCUGCUGGCAGAGCCCCUUCACCCCGCGUGCCCCUGCGCAGCGCGGCUGCCGGCGGCUGCAGGCCGGCCGCGUGCCGUGUCUCCAGUUCAUCUCCCCGAGGCCCCGUUUCUGCCGGCGGGCUUGGUUCUCCUCCAGCCACGAUUCCAGGUUUCCUCUUAAAAACUGCUUGUUUGGGGAGUCACGUGAGUGACAUCGGCUCACGUGGGCUUGGGGGCCCUGGCGGGGAUGCAGGUGGUGGGGGGAGUUGGGGAGGGGACUGGUUCUGCAGCGUCUUACCUGAGUGCUGGCGUCUCAGCCCCGUCCCCUCCCCAUCCCCACGGGAGCACCCUGGAGGCACCGCAGGCAGCGGUUUGCCCAGUUUGGUCUCUAGGGAGUGCUCUGCCGGCCCAGGACCCUUGGGUGCCUCGUGGGGACUCUGGGCCAGUGGUGAAGGGGUGCCUCCGUUCUCUAUACACCUGUGUGAUUUUAGGGAUGCUGGCACCCCUCCCUGGCAGGCUCCUGCCCCUGGGCCUUUGCACUGCCCUCUCCACAGCUUUCCUCCCUGCUCCUGCCUUCAGACCCCAAGCCGAGGGAGGGCUCAGGGAGGCCUGUGCCCAGCAUCCUGUCUGAACAGCUGCGUGCAUGCGCACGGGCACUGCCAAGCUCACGGCCCACUGCCAUCCAGUACAUCGUGGGCUGUUCCUGCCGCCCAUCCCACAGACCGGGGGAAGCUCGUCACUGACCUGGCCCUUCUGGUCCCCUGGGGCCCAGGACGUGCCCGGCACAGUGCACGUCUGUGGUCAACGGUCUGGAGGGUCCUGAGCAGCCUGGCUCCCGAAGAGUUGGGUCGGAGGCUGUCCCUGCCACCCCCGAGCAGGGGUGCGGCCCUGGAAGGGCUGAGGCCUCACACUGGUCGAGGGAAGUGUCCUCGUGGUUUUCUAAAGUAAAAUGAUGAAACUCUUA